CUGUGAUCACAUUGAUCUGUCUGUAGUAUAUUUUGCUGAAGUCAGAAAAUCAAAUCAACGUGGUUUAUGUAUUCUUUCGUUAGAAAUAUUAUUUGAGACGUCGUCGAAAUAAAACGAUUGACGAGAAUUGUCUUGCGAACGUACCCUGUACUUACGUAAUCCAUUAUAUUGUAUGUACAACGUUCUUACAAUAAUUCAAGCGCGCCGCCGGUCGUGAUCGAGAGUUUUGGAGCAGAGUGAUUGCGUGUGAUCGUCAUUUCAUGUCAACGAUUCGCAUUGGUUCACCGCCAAGAAACCAGCUCAAAUGAUCGUGACAAGACACCAGUGCUCAUCCUCUAAGAAUGGAUUCUCCUCUAUCAGAUCCCUGUUUCCACGAACAAAACAACUCAGUUUUGCGGAAAUAGUGUCACUGAAUACUUGCAUGGUCCAGCAGCAGUGCAAGGGAGAAAGCUACUACAAUAAACAAUAUUUUACAUCUUCUGGACACCUAUUCAAGCAAUCCAUGACAAGUUUGUUGAAAUGUUUCUCGAUUUACAUCUUCAUCGUUUUCUCUGUGUUAUCCAACUGUAUAUUAGCAAUUUCUAGUCUUAAGAUAUCAUGGGAUUGUUAUUAA